ACAUGGCCAAGAACAAAAGAACCGCCACCCGAAGACAAAAUCUCUCACUGACAACGAUAACGAGGAACUUGUUAAAUCCUUAAAUCUUUUAGUUUUAGCCUUUCCCUCCAACGGCAGUCCCUGUCGGACAAACACAAGGCUCUCCAAAAAUCGCUCCUUUCCCCGUGGUCUCUUCGCGUUGUUUUGGUCGUGGGUGGAGGCGGCAUCUCCGCGUCGCUUGUCGCUCGCAGGCGGCUUUCUUGAAGGGGGUCGAGGUCGGAGUUGGGGUCGGUGCCGCGGGCGCGCGCGCGGGGGGGAAGCAACGGAAGUUAGCGAUGGUGGUGCCUCUGGGUUCAGUUUCCAGAGUGGUUGCCUGCGUUGUUCUUCUUGUCGUGAUUUGCUGUGCGGUCCUCGAGUGUGAUGCUCAACGGUUGCCACAAGAUGAAGUUGAUACACUAAACACAAUCGCCACGAAAAUGCAAAACAAACACUGGAAUGUAAGCGAAACGUCAUGCAAUGAGGGUAUAGGUCUAAACGUGACCAUCACUUCAGGAGUGAUAAGCAAUGUGACUUGCAACUGUUCCUUCAGUAGUGGCACAGUUUGCCAUGUCACUAACAUCCAGCUGAAGGGACUUAAUUUGACAGGGAGUUUUCCUGAUGAAUUUGGCAACCUCACUUACCUAACGGAAAUAGACCUCACUCGUAACUACAUCAGUGGAUCGCUCCCUACAACUCUUACUCAGAUACGACUUACCAUUCUGUCGGCACUUGGAAAUCGCAUAAGUGGUAUUCCCAAGGAAAUUGGCAACAUUAGCACGCUGGAGGAGCUUGUACUAGAGGACAAUUUUCUUGAAGGCACUCUUGAGCCAAACAUUGGAAACUUGAGCCGCUUAAGGAAACUCCAGCUGUCUGCUAAUAAUUUCACGGGAACGAUACCCGAAUCCUUUGGCCAUCUGAAGAACUUACAGACUUUUCGUAUAGACGGAAGCACAUUAUCAGGAAAGAUACCUGAUUUUAUCGGCAAUUGGACCAAUAUUACAAGAUUGGACAUGCAAGGCACAUCAAUGGAGGGACCUAUUCCGUCUAGCAUAUCUUUGUUAAAAAACUUAACGGAGUUGAGAAUAUCAGAUUUGAAAGGUUCAAGCUCAAAUUUUCCUAAUUUGGAGGGCAUGAACAUGAAUACAUUGAUUCUGCGAAAUUGCUUGCUUACUGGAACAAUUCCGGAUUACAUUGGGGACUGGACAAGUUUGACAACAUUAGACCUGAGCUUCAACAGAUUGACCGGUAAUGCUCCUGACAAGAUGGGAGAUUCUCUGGAUUACAUGUACCUGACAAACAACUCCCUAACUGGAGCAGUACCCAGUUGGAUAACAAGCAGCAAGCAAUAUCUCGACUUAUCUUACAACAGUUUCACCGGUUCUUCUCCUUCCAGUUGUCAGCAAUCACAAGUCAAUUUGGUUUCCAGCUAUUCAUCUAAUGGAAGCAACUCCCUUUGGUGCUUGAACAAGGAUCUACCAUGCAGCGGGAAAGCACAAUACCAUUCCUUGUUUAUCAAUUGUGGAGGAACCUCAUUGACUGUUGAUGGGAAUCAAUAUGAAGAGGACAGUAGUCCGAACGGGCCAUCAUUUUUCUUUGCUUUUUCAGAAAAGUGGGCUUACAGCAGCACCGGAGUUUAUAUGGGAAAUGUUUACGGUGAUUACACCGCGAAUAACCCAUUUUCUCUGAAUGUGAGUGGCUCGGGAUUUUACCAAACUGCUCGUCUUUCCCCUUCGUCGCUCAGAUACUAUGGCCUUUGCUUGAGGGAAGGAAGUUACAAAGUGCGGCUCCAUUUUGCUGAAAUUCAAUAUUCCAACGAUGAAACAUUUAGCAGCCUCGGGAAACGUAUAUUUGAUGUAUCGAUACAAGGCAAUCAAGUGUUGAAGGAUUUUAAUAUUGCAGAGGAAGCCGGAGGUGCUGGAAAGGGCAUAUACAAGGACUUCGAUAAUAUUACUGUGAAUGGCAGUACUUUGGAGAUUCAUUUAUAUUGGUCAGGGAAGGGAACCACAGCCAUUCCUGAUAGAGGUACCUAUGGACCACUUAUUUCCGCUAUUGCAGUGACGCCGAACUUCCCUGUUGGAAGCGCUGGACUAUCAGCUGGAGCAAUCACUGGAAUUGCGGUAGCUUCAGUGGUUCUCCUUGUAUUGAUAUUACUAGUCCUUUGGCUAACUGGAUUCUUAGGCGGCAGAGAAGUUGAAGAUCCAGAAUUACGUGGGCUAGAUCUCCAAACUGGCCAUUUCACUUUAAGGCAAAUCAAAGCUGCUACGGGCAACUUUGACUCUGUGAAUAAGAUAGGUGAAGGAGGGUUUGGGCCAGUUUACAAGGGAACACUGUCAGAUGGGACUAUAAUUGCUGUGAAGCAGCUUUCUUCUAAAUCAAAGCAAGGCAAUCGUGAAUUUCUCAAUGAGAUAGGCAUGAUAUCUGCUCUCCAGCACCCACAUCUCGUAAAGCUUUACGGUUGCUGCAUUGAAGGAAAUCAGUUGUUGCUAGUUUACGAAUAUCUGGCUAACAAUAGUCUUGCCCGCGCACUUUUUGGACGAGUUGAGCAGCAGAUUGAGUUGGACUGGGCCACGAGAAAGAAAAUAUGUUUGGGAAUAGCAAGGGGAUUGGCUUACCUUCACGAGGAGUCUAGAUUGAAAAUUGUUCACAGGGAUAUAAAAGCGACAAAUGUGCUGCUUGAUAAGGAACUAAAUGCCAAGAUCUCAGAUUUUGGUUUGGCCAAACUCGAUGAGGAAGAGAAUACGCAUAUCAGCACAAGGAUAGCUGGAACAAUAGGUUAUAUGGCUCCGGAAUAUGCGAUGAGAGGCUACUUGACAGACAAAGCUGAUGUCUACAGCUUUGGAGUCGUCGCAUUGGAAAUUGUCAGCGGAAAGAGCAACACAAAUUACAGGCCGAAGGAAGAAUUUGUUUAUCUCCUUGACUGGGCCUAUGUGCUACAAGAGCAAGGGAACGUUCUUGAGCUCGUGGAUCCACGUCUCGGCUCGGAUUACUCCGAGGAAGAGGCAGCGAGAAUGCUAAACCUGGCUCUACUAUGCACCAAUCCUUCACCGACUCUCAGGCCACCAAUGUCGUCCGUGGUGAGCAUGCUCGAAGGGAAAAGCGCGAUUCAAGCACCGAUAAUCAAGCGCGCCGCGACAAAUCCAGAUCCUAGGUUCAGAGCCUUCGAGGGGCUAGGUAAUGAUAACCAGACAAAUUUCUCGACGUUCUCUCGGGACACUCACCAGGUGCCGAGAAGCAUGUCCAUAGAAGGUCCAUGGAUCGAUUCUUCAGCUUCUGUCACGAGCAAGGAUGAGACCCGCAACCAUUCUUCAGAGAGGAAGCUUCUCCCAGAUUUUUAGGACUUGAAUUCGUUCAGUAAUGAUGACCUGACUGGAUCACUGCAUCA